AUGACGGGCAUCAAUGUGGUGUUCCGUCCACUUUGUUUUGGCGACCCGGAGAUGGCACUUUUGGAAGCUGCGCUCAGUGCCAAUGUCACUAUCAAAUUUAUUGCCUUGGUAUUGGCGGUAGAGCUGCGACCUGGUGAAGCCCAAACAUUGGGAAACAUCCUUCGGACCCACACCACCGUGGAGACGCUGAUCGUUCGCGGCGCGCCCAACGACCAACUGCAAAGGUUGUGGUCGGGGGUGUUUUCAAACACUACAUCUCUGAAGACUAUCAAUUUGCAUGGGCUAUCGGCUAGUGCUGUCUCGACUUUGGCACAUGCUCGAACAGAUCAUUCAUCAUUGAUCACCAAUUUCGGUUUUGUCGAGUGUACAUUUUCCGCGGAAGCUGUGGAGGAUCUCCUCACCACUCAAUUCAAUCCACCAUUUCAACGCAAUGGGAAAAGUCACAGGUUGAUAGUCCAUGAGUGUAUUUUUGAAACUGUGGAAGAAAAACGACGCUUUGCCAGAGCUCUCGCCAGAACGACUUCUUGGCAGUCUUUUGUGUUUGAGGAUGAGAAAAGGCUCGACAAAGAAACUGCUGCCAUGUUUGCACAGGCUAUAGCUGCAAACCAUGCACUUGAAGAGGUGGGAUUUAUUGUUUGGGAGAUGAGAGUUGCAGAAUCAUGA